AUAAAAAAAGAAAAAAAGAAGAAGAAGAAGAAGCGAUACGCGUGCGAUGAGUAAACCAAUGGCAACGGCAUAAUACAGCACAGUCGAUAAAUGUUUGCCGAGUUGGAACGACAGCAAGUACCAUGCUGAUAGAGAAAAAAACACACACGAAAAAAAUCAAUUUUAAAUAUCGAUAAAUCAGUGCAACAAGUUUUUAGGCAUAACCCACCGACAAACAUACAUUGUAAAUGAUCGCCUUUGAACAAUAAUCAAAUUAUUUCAUAAUUUAUGUGCGUGAGUGUGAUUGGCCGCGUGCGCAACUUCCUCAUCCUUAUCUUGUGCCCUAUUCAAUAAUCAAACAAGUGAAUUCACCGAGUGCACAUCAAACAACAAAUGAGAAAAUUGAUGGCAUCGACAAGGGCCAAUGACGAUUAAUAAGAAAUAUUAACAAGCAAUAUUUAUUACGUGAUAAUAACGCCGAGUAAAUAAUUAUCUUGUAAUUAAAAUCUAAUUAAUGUCUUUGAACAUUACGUUUUGUUUUCGUGAUAUUUAGAUGUUGGCGUUACUGUUAUUGUCUCUGUAAAAUUUGCUUUUCAUGUUGCACACAUAUAUCCGGAUAAAAGUUUCUCAAUAGUGUUUUCAUUAUCAUUUUUAAUUGUGUUUAAGAAGAAAAUAAAGCCGAUUCCAAUGAAUUGAGCGUACCGUGAGUUUGCAAAAUAGCAAAAAAAAAACGUAAUUGAUAAAGACCGGAUAAUGUGUAUGCUGCAUAUCAUGAAACGGCUAAUUCAUUCUUCGGAUGUAGUUUUAUGCAAACAAAUCAUAUGAUGUCAACAUCCUGACACUUAACAAGAUUUAAAAGACUAAAAAAGAAGACUAUUCAUCUAAAUUCAAUCUGGAUUUCAAGAUUUAAAACUUGAGGAACAAAUUCAAAUUAAAUCAUAAAUUAUUCAGCAAGGAUUUUCGAGUGAAAUUACCUUACUUCGUCGAAAAAUUCCGUCACAAUCAAAAAUAAGGUGCAGACGCCAAAGCUCAAUUGACAGCUGAGAAGUGAAACACGUUAAAACAUUUACCGUUCGAAUUCUUUUUGCCAUUCACAUUAAUUUAUUUAAAAAUUAUACGAAAUCCAAGCAGGUCCCGGCGAAAACGCGUUAAGAUUCGAUUCGAAGAAAGUUUCGAGAAAUUGAAAAGUGUAAGAAAUAAACAACGCACAAGUACGCAUUAAAACGCUACAACAAUGAUAUCAAUGAAGAUUGGAAAUCAAAUCAUCACACUGUUGGUGUUCUGUGCAUUUUUAUUCGUCUAUGCACAUGGAUCAAUUGUCAAUGGGACCGAUGAGUCUGAAGAUCGCGCCUUCAAAUCCAGUGAAAUUGAAACCGGUCGUACAUUUGGAACAAUCAAGCGAUUUCAAGCGGCACUUCUACCAAUCAUGUAUAAAUUGGGAGUGUUGUCGGCCGUCAUUAUGAUGACAUUAUUUUUGGCAUUCAAAGGUGUUUUCAUCGGAACAUUGAUCUUGAUAUUGAAUCUAACAUUCUUUGCCAUUAAAUUUGGUUCAUAUUUGAAACAUGAUCAUGGCCAUUAUAUCGCACCGUCACACGGUUGGGCGGCACCACAAAUCCAACAUGGUCACGGUUGGGCACCGCACAAAGAUGUCCAUUUGCACAUUCAUAAUGCACACGGUAAGCCAGAUUUCAGUAUUCCGUACAGCACUCUAAGCGGCACCACCGGUUGGGAUACACAAGGUCAUUCGAGUGUGGUUGAUCCAACAUGGAGCACCAGUAAUUAUGUACAUUCGGGUCGUUCAUUCUCCGAUGGUAGCGAUCUAACACCAUAUGCUAGUGCACACCAAUCGAACACCAUCGUCGACAAUAGUGAUGCGCUGAAGCCAAAAAUAAUCGAAAAACGAAACGAUCGACCGCCAACAAUUGUGAUGGCACAAACCAAACAAGCUCUACCAUCAUAUAAUUAUUUAAAUAAGCAAAUUCGAAGAAAAUAAAUGUCACCGUCCGAAGACAUCACAUUUGUAAAAAACAAAAACAAAUUGAAAAGUGCAAACAAACAGAGUUACUCUUUCUAUAGUAUUUCGAGCAAAGAUUAUAUUGCAUAAGAUAAACGUAUGUCUAAAUUUAAUUUGCGUUUUCGAACGAAUCAAAACGAAAAAUUUGUUUUUUAUCACAAAUUGUAAACAUUUUCUCUUAUUUUCAACUAUUCCAUUUGGAUUGUAUGAUUUAAUUCACCGAGGACAAAAAAAUAGAUAAAUAUUUGCACGCUUUAUUAUUCAUCGAAAUUUCCAUUCGAUACGCGGAAAACGAACACUUAUUUUUGUGUUGAAUUUUUUGUACAACAACAAAAAAGAAAAUAUAGUUUAAUGAUAAUUAUACCAUAAGACAUCUUAAAAACAAGCACACUCAUCGCUCAUGAAAUGUUUAACGAAUGAGAAAAUGAACGAAUAAGAAGAUUGAACCAGCAAAUAAAAUGCAUGCAAAGAAAUUCAUUCAUGAGUUAAACAGUCAUGGAAUAGAGCUCGAGCAACUUAGACUUUCAUAUAGAAUUUUGAGACGAUUGAGCUAUGGAGAGUAUAGAAAAAUAAAUAACCAAAAUUAUUCAGGUUUAAUUAGAGGUUAGAUGAACUAAUUAUUACAUUGAACGAUAUCUUAUUUGAAUAGCUUUUAGUGAAUCACCGGUAUUUCAGCAAUGCGACUAUGCAACCAAUGACGAAGAUCAAAUGCUGGAAAAUUGUAUAAACAAUUUAGCGUAGGCCCAAA